UCGUGCGCGCGCGCGCGCGUGCAUGCGCACAUGCACGUGCACCUUCUCGCUAUAAAAGGGACGCGAGCCGAGAGGAAUUGGCUUCAGAAGAGGGAGGCGCACGGACAACGCCGACGAGAGAGAGAGAGACGACCCCACCUACCCACCAGCACCACCACCAGCAAAACAGCCGUCGCAUCUCUUCGCUGCACGCGCUCGAGGAUGAUGAGUUGCUUUGCCGGAACGCGGGGCUCCGCUCGCGUGUGGCUCUGCGCGGUCGCUCUGUGCCUGCUGGCGAGCGCGUGUGCUCGUGGCGCGGCCGCCUUCCCCAACAAGCCCGACAGCCCCGGGGAGGACGCCCCCGCGGAGGAUCUGGCCCGGUACCUGUCUGCCGUGCGCCACUACAUCAACCUCAUCACCCGGCAACGGUAUGGAAAGAGGGCACUGACCGAGCCCUACGUCCCAGAGUUUAUAUUUCAAGAAAAUCGUGGUGAUAGGAGCAGCAACCCAAGAUUUGACAGCGUGACCAUGUGGUGAUUUGGUUAGAAUUGAAGAUGCCCGUCAACUCUUCAUCCACCUCCCCUCUCCUCCUCCUACCCAUCGAGCCCCCCAAACCCCACCCCUCCAUUCACACCCCCCCCCCAUUCCUCCUCACCCCUCCCCAGCCCCCCACCCCCCAAUCCACUGCACCUCCCAAUUGACCCCCAACCCCCCAUUCACCCCCCUAACUCCCCCCCUCUUCUCUCCAUCGCCCCGUAAACCCCCAUCCACCCCCCCCUCCUCAUCCCCAUCGCCCCCCACAAUGGAUAAGUCAGAAGUUCCAUCACGCUCUGCCAUUUGAAAACAACCAUCGGGUCUGCCUCGAUUAGGCAAUUAAAAAAUAAAAACCCCUUCUGUUGAAAUGCAUGAACCUGUCCCGUACGUUGUGUUGCCCUGGAUGGUUAUACGAUUACAAAAAAAAGGAAGGAAAAAAAUUGACAAACACACAAAAAAUUCACAAAACACGCGUUGGUUUGUUUUUGCGCCGUGUACAUAUUGAGCAUCGCGUCGUAGUUUGUGUCUUAUUCGGCGUGUUGAAAUGUGUAAUGUGGGAGAUGUUAUUCGCGGAUCGGAUUAGUCCUAAGAAAAAAAAAUCAAAGUACGUUUUCGAUGUAG